UCUGUGACGCUUGUUAUUUAUGCUUACGUCCCGCUUACUUCACAAAAACAAUUAUUUAACGUGUCCAAGCCUAAAAAAAAGAAUAAAUACGACAGUGAGUGCAAUUUCGAGCCAUGUUGAAAUCUGACCGGCAUUAAACUAUCCCGGAAGAAGGAAAGAAAGACAGUAAAGUAACAUGGCUAGUCCAGCAAACAUGAAGCUCGCGGUUUUGCAAUUGUUCGAGAGAUAUAAACGAUGGAUUGCCAAUAAUCCAAAUCUCGUUACCGAUAUUGAGAGUGCUAUCAAAUAUGUGUCGUUUUUCAGUGCAGGGAGAUUGAACAGCUCAACCUUAGCAUCCGAGUUUGUUUACUCACUACCAAAUCUUAUGGUGUUGUUUAAUGAUCAGAUAAUUAAGAGCAAUAGAAAUAUUGAGACAAAUUUACCAUCGAUACAGUCUAAAAUUAAGAUUUGGUUGACUGUGAUUGAUUACACCGAGGCUUUAUUUGAAGUUUCUGCAAAGAAAGUUUGGGGGGAAGCUGGAAGAUGGUUCAUCAUCUCUUUGAUUCAAUUGCUCAAGGUUGCAAUGCGAUUGUUCCUUGUGUACCGAUACAAAGAGCGCAUUACGCAAUCACCAGCUAUGCCACCACUUAAUAGAGAAAAACUUCUUGAAAAAGAAAAGAACAAUGGUGAUGAUUUACAGAGACCACAAGAAACAUUCUCUCUCAAACGCUCUGGUAAAGUUGUGAGAACUGUAAGGAGUAGUGCUUCACAAACAAGAACCUGGACAACACCUGCUUCAUCUUCUAUGGAAUCAGAGGAAAUUGGUAAUCAGAAUACCAUUGAAACCUUGAAAAAGUCUUUGCUUAUAGCAGAGACUAUGUAUAUUAUAAAGCCAAUAUUGCAUCUUGGAUGUUUGUCUAUUAGUGGGCCAAAGAAUUGGAAUCCUUGGCUCUUAUCUUUUAUUAUUGACUUGGCAAGUUUAAAAAUUUUCAAUAAUGAAACUGAUUUAACUAGAGAAGAACAUGAAGAGUUGUGGAAAAGAAGGAUAGGACUGCUUUUGUAUAUUCUUAGGUCACCCUUCUAUGACAAUUGCAGUCGUAUGAGAAUUUAUUCCCUACUUGAUACCAUUUCCAAAACCAUUCCUCUUGCAAGAUUAAUUGCUGAGCCUAUCGCCAGAUAUUUACCUCACUGGCAGAACACAUAUUUCUACAUGUGGUCCAGUUGAAAACACAUCAAAGAAUAAUCAUUUAUUUGAUGAAAAAGAUUUAGUAAUCGGAUUUUAAUAGUUAAUUUAUACCCUGCUUGAAAAAUCUGUCUUUUCAAAACAAAUUUUUAAAACAAUUACAUAAAAAUUAUGUGUUUAAACUAUGUUGAAUUUGAAAAAUCAUUUAAUUUUUUGCAGUUGCAAAAUACACUAUUGUAUAAUCAUAAACCAUGACACUGUAUUUGCUAAAAAAAACGCGAAUUCAGUUAUCAAAGUUUCUCCAAAAUGAUUUCAAAAGACUUUAAAGAGCUAAGUUUCCUAAAAACUUGUUCAUAAUGGUUGACAUAUUUUUAGAUAUAUUGUAAGAUGAUAUAUGGUGAACAGUUAAUGAAUGUAAGCUUUUUGAUAAAUUUUAGACAUUCCCUGACAGUGGUGAUUGUGACGAAUGAUUUCUUUAUUUACUUACAUUUUUGUAGUUUAAUGUACGUUUCUGGCUGUUGAAUAAAUUGUUUUAUAAAAACUA